AUGCUGACUGGCUUCCAUGAGGACUAGAAGGGUGGACUUCCACGCAGGAGCAGGAUUUGGGAACAGUCCGUGGAAUUGACCUCUUUUUUUUGUGCGUGGAGAAGCUGUGUUUUUUUCUUUCUUUUUUUUUUUUUUUUUUUUUGGGAAAACCAGGCUGGAUUGUCUCCUUGCAUACUAAUCACCUUUUUUAGGGGACACCCGGAGGACCCCGCGGCACCCCAAUGAAUGUGUAGCCGAGCCAUGUAUUGCAGAAGAGAAGGGUCGAGAUGGCGGCCCGGCGGACUGUCUUUGCGCUCAGGCCUUUGCAGAUGGUGGCGGCCGCUCAUCGCUAUGGUCCUGCUUCAAUCGUCCGCUGUCCUCGGUGCGCUGGAGCUGCAGCUGGACGAGGAGCAGCCAGCGGGGACCAUCGUCGGGGACAUUAGUGCCGGGUUGCCGGCCGGUGAGACAGCGAGUCUUUAUUUCAUCUCGGACCACGAGGGAACAGGUGUGGGGAGUGAUCUCAACAUCGAUGAGACCACGGGGAUCAUAACCACGGCGCGACGCUUGGACCGCGAGCAGAGGGACCACUACAGUUUCAUUGCUGUGACUAUGACGGGUGUCACCAUUGAGGUGUCAAUCAGCAUCAAUGAUAUCAACGACCAUGAGCCUACGUUCCCUAAAAAGAAAGCUGUACUCAAAAUCCCAGAGCACACGGCAGAGGGGACGAGGUUUUCCUUGGAGCCAGCGACCGACGCGGACAAGGACCAGCUGACCACGCAAGGCUACAGUAUUCGAGAGGGUAAUGUGGGACAGGUGUUCCGUCUGGAGACGAAGAGAGCUGCCAACAAGGUGCUUUAUCUGGACUUGGUUGUCAGCGGACUGCUGGACAGGGAGAAACGCUCGUCGUACCUUUUAGUCUUGGAGGCCUUUGAUGGGGGCUCUCCCAGGAGGGUGGGGUCCAUGAACCUGGAAGUGGCUGUGACUGACAUAAAUGACCAUGCGCCGGUCUUCAACCAGAGCAGAUACCAUGCUAUCAUUUCAGAAAGCCUCCCACAGGGAAGCAGCAUCCUGCAGGUGUUUGCAGCAGAUGAGGACGAAGGUGACAAUGGUCUGGUGCUUUAUGAGAUCAACCGGCGUCAGAGUGAUCCUGACCGCUACUUCGUCAUGGACCUCAAGUCUGGAGUCAUCACCCUGAACAGACCACUGGACUAUGAGCUGAAACGAGUGCAUGAACUGGUUGUCCAGGCCAGGGACAACGCGAGCCAGCCCGAGGUGACCAACGCUUUUGUCACAAUACAUGUGCGUGACUACAAUGACAACCAGCCCACCAUGACCAUCAUCUUUCUCAGUGAAGAUGGCUCUCCGAGGAUCUCCGAGGGGGCCCAGCCGGGUCAGUACGUGGCCCGCAUAUCUGUCACCGACCCCGACUAUGGAGAGUACGCCAACGUCAACGUCUCCCUGGAGGGGGGCGAUGGAAAGUUUGCUCUCACAACAAAGGACAGCAUCAUCUACCUGAUUUAUGUGGACCAGGUGUUGGACAGGGAGGAGAGAGAUUCUUAUGACCUCAGGGUGAUGGCCACAGACUCUGGCACGCCCCCCCUCAGGGCGGAGUCGUCUUUCACCAUCCAGGUGACGGACGUAAACGACAACCCCCCUCUGUUUGACCAGCAGGCCUACAAACAGACCAUCCCAGAGGUCGUCUAUCCAGGCUCGUUUGUUCUUCAGGUUACUGCCCGUGACAAAGACCAGGGCCCCAACGGGGAAAUUAGAUACAGCCUCCUGAAGGGGAAAAACUCUCACUCCGACUGGUUCUCCAUUGACCCGGUCACGGGGAUCAUUACCACGGCGACGGCCUUGGAUUUUGAAUCAGAGCCUGCGCCCAGCGUGACCGUGGUCGCAAUAGACAGCGGACGGCCGCCGCUGUCCUCUACGGCUCAAGUGGACAUCGUGCUACAGGACGCUAACGACAACACACCUGUGUUCUCCAGGAGCUUCUACAAUGCCUCCGUCAAGGAGAACACACCAGCCGGGACCUGCUUCCUGGAGGUGUCUGCCACGGAUGAUGACCGCGGGUCCUUCGGCGCCGUGACCUACGCGCUGACUUCGAGCUCCGGCGGGGCGCCGCCCUCCCACUUCACCAUCAACAAGGAGACCGGGCACCUGUGCACCAGCACCAGUCUGGAUCGCGACGACGGACUGGAGAGGUUUGACUUGACCGUCACGGCAACAGACGGGGGGGGCCUGAGCUCGGUGGCCCGUGUCAGGGUGUCGGUGGCGGACAUCAAUGACAACCGGCCCUCCUUCUACCCGGUCCUCUACGCGGUCAGCCUCAGCGCCCACAGCACCCCCGGCACCUCCGUUGUCAAGGUAACAGCCAACGACCCGGACGCCGGGGAGAACGGCCGGGUGACGUACCGCACGGUGGCCGGGGGCGGUGCGGCCUUCUUCACCCUCAACAAGGACACAGGCGUUAUAUCGCUCUCGCGCUCGCUCCACGGCAAGGCCAGUUCCGUCAUCUCCAUGGUGAUAUCGGCCGUGGACGGCGGAGGUCUGAUGGCGCCGGUCAACGCCAGGGUGAACGUGAGCGUGGUGGGGGGCUCGGUGUCGUCUCCCGUGUUCGAGCAGGCGCAGUAUUUCUUCACCGUCUCCGAGGACGUCCUCGGGGGGACGGCGGUCGGCGUGGUCCGCGCCGCGACAAAGACAGCUGCUUCAAAAGAAGUCUUCUACUCCGUCUCCUCUGGAGAUCCUGACGGUUACUUCACGGUGGACAGUACAUCUGGGACCAUCCGCACCGCUCUUCCCCUGGACCACGAGACCUGCUCCGGACUUGAUCUAGAGAUCCAGGCACGGUCUGGCUCCCCUCCUGCUUUUGGGAGCAGUCGUGUUCGCAUAACCAUCUCUGACGUCAACGACAACGCCCCUACCUUCCUUCCGUCUUGGUCCGAGUCCCUCCUUCUGCCUGAGAUCACCAAGAUGGGGGCCGUUAUCUACCGCAUUCAGGCCUCAGACAAGGACUCUGGUCAUAACGGCCAGCUCAGCUUCGACCUGGUGUCCGCCGGGGUGGCGGGCAGCAGCGGCCAGAGGACGUUUGGCGUGGAUCGAGGCAGCGGGGAUGUGCGACUGAUUGGGGGUCUGUCGUAUGAGAGUGUCCCUCGCUAUGACCUUCAGGUGGUGGCCAAAGACGGAGGAGCACCUCAGCUGAGCUCCACCUUCACCCUGGUGGUACACAUCCAGGCACAGGAUGCACAAGGCCCCCACUUUGACACCCUGACGUACCGCGUGGAGCUCAGAGAGAACGCUCCUCUCAACACGCGCUUCCUUCAGGUGCGAGCACUGAACCGAGAGGCCUCAGGGAACGAAGGAAGCGCUUCCUCCCCGUCGUCCAUGUCCUACCGUCUCAGGCCCGACGGCGACGCCGCAGGCUUUGGCAUCGUACCGGAUAGCGGUUGGCUGUUUGUGCGGAGCUCGUUGGACCGCGAGGUCAAGGACAUGUACCUGCUGACAGUCCUGGCCACCUCGGGUCAAGGAGGGAGAACCGGAAGCGCCACAGUCAGAGUGACGGUGACGGACGAGAACGACAACUCCCCCAGGCUCAGCCAGGACAGGGUGUUCCUGGCGGUCCGGGAGAACCUGCUCGCGGGGACGGGCUUCGGUAGGGUGACUGCGACGGACCGAGAUGCGGGGCCGAACGCUCGACUCUCCUACCGGCUGCUGCACGCCGACAGACACUUCCAGGUCAACUCCCAGACAGGGGAGGUCAGUACUCGCCUGGUACUGGACAGAGAGCAGCAGUCCAGCUACCAGCUGGUGGUGGUGGUGCAGGACGGAGGAACGCCUCCACGCAGCGCCACCGGCACCGCCCACGUCACCGUGCUGGACGACAACGACCACGCCCCGACCUUCUCGCACGCCCGGCCGGACAGGGAGCUCAUCUUCCAGGUGAAAGAGGGACUCUCGUCUGGGACCGCCCUGGGAACGGUGUCGGCUAAAGACCCCGAUGAGGGGGAAAACGGCACCGUCUACUACUCCUUAUCGGGCUCCCGAGCCGAGCGCUUCUCCCUGAACCCGACCAGCGGGGAGCUCCGCACGGCGUCGCCCCUCAGAUGGGCGGAGCGGGCCGAGUACGCCUUGACCGUGACCGCCGCUGACCACGGAGCGCCCGGCCUCAGCGCCACCUGCCAGCUACGCAUACAAGUUCUGAGCUCCUCCAAGUCCAGCCCUCAACCCAACGUGCUCUCCAUGACCCUGAACACGGUGGAAGGCGCUCCCCCGGGCUCCGUCAUCGGCUCGGUGCGUUCCCACGAAGCCGCCGCGCUGGAAGGCCAGGCCACUUACUUGGUGGUCGGCGGCACGGACCGGGACGGAACCUUCAUGGUGGACCGACUGAAGGGCGACGUGUACCUGGCGCAGGAACUGGACUACGAGAAGGGCUCGAAGUACACGCUGCACAUCGAGGUGUCGGACUUCUCCCGGGCGUAUCCCAGCAGCCACCUGGUGAAGCUGACUAUCGACGUCCAGGACAGCAACGACCACUCGCCACAGUUCACGGAGGACCCGGUAACCAUUGUGGUCCCUGAGAACCUCCAUCCCGACUCCUCCAUAUACAGCUUCCAGGCCGUGGACCAGGACGGUAGCGGACCCAACAGCGAGCUGCGGUACUCCGUGGAACACCACUGGCCAGUCAAUGCCGACCUCCUGAAACUGGACCCCGUCAGCGGAGUCCUGACUUUGGGGCAGAAGCUGGACCGCGAGUCCACGCCCUCCCUCUACCUGGUGGUGCGGGCCACGGACCAGGCGGCGGAUCCUUCGCAGAGACGCUGGAGUUCGGUCACCGCCCGCGUCUUCGUCACCGACGAAAACGACAACGCCCCCGCCUUCAGCUCGCCGUCCGCGGUCAGCGUUAUGGAGGACCAACCUGUCGGCUUUGUCAUUUUGUACGUCAUGGCCCGGGACGCCGAUGAAGGAGAGAAUGGCCGAGUGUCGUACAGAAUCCAGGCGGGAAACGGCGCCGGUCGCUUCAGCCUGAACCCGAACACAGGCUCUUUGUCCAUUCUGAAAGCCCUCGACCGAGAGGAGCAGGGAGUCUACAAUUUGACCGUCAUUGCGGAGGAUCACGGCGUACCUGCGCUCUCCGCCGCCCAGGUGCUUUCCGUGCAGGUGAUCGACGUGAACGACGAGGCUCCCGUGUUCCAGAAGGCUGAGUUCGAGGCCCACGUGUUGGAGAACCAAGGGCCGGGCACCACGGUGCUGACAGUGGUUGCCACAGACAGAGAUCAAGGUUCGAAUGGUCAUGUGACCUUUGGGGGGGUGACAGAGGAAGGUUUUGUCAUCAACCCUUCAACUGGUGUGAUCACCACCACCAAGGAACUUGACAGAGAGCUUCGUGAUCACUACAUACUCACUGUCUACGCCCGCGACGGAGGCUUACCUCCUAACUUUGCCAAGGUGGUGGUCCGAGUGGAAGUGCAGGAUGUGAAUGACAACACGCCAGUCUUUGCCAAGCCGUGGUACGGAUUGGAGGUGCCGGAGAACCAGGCCCCCGUAGAGCUCUGUUUCCUCAAGGCCACAGACCCAGAUUCUGGUCCCGGCGGAGAGCUGGAGUACAGGAUCACUGCUGGAGAUCCAGAUGGGGAUUUCCAGAUCCAUGCCAGCACGGGAGCCCUGUCCACCUCACGAGGGCUGGACAGGGAGACCAGGGCGGAGUACACCCUAGAAGUGGUGGCGGCAGACCGAGGAAGCCCGUCUCUCAGCACUGUGGUCACCGUGGAGGUCAGAGUGAUGGAUGUUAACGACAACAGCCCUGUUUUUGGCAGAAGUAGCUACACUGCAGACGUGUCGGAGGAUUCCGCGGAGGGAUCGCAAGUCCUGAUGGUGUCAGCAACAGACGUUGACGAUGACUUGAACGGGAAAGUUCUGUAUUUCCUCAGCCAGGAGGCACACGGAGCGUUCACAGUGGAUGAGCACACCGGUCGCAUCGCCACAUCCGCACCUCUGGACCGCGAAAGACAGACGUCAUACAGCUUCCAGGUCCUUGCCGUUGAUCUAUCACCAGCGUCACCCAGAAACACCUCUGCUCAGGUGACAAUCACCAUCACCGAUGUAAACGACAACACGCCGGUCUUCAUUCAGGAUCCGCUGAUCAUCGAAGCAUCCAGCAGGAGGUCCCAGCGGGUCCUGGCCACAAUGAAGGCGGAGGACAAGGAUUUUGGUGCCAACGGCUCUGUGUUUUAUCGUUUUGCCGCGCCGGUGAAAGGCUUCAGCAUCAACUCGCUGACGGGGCAGAUCCAAGCUACAGAGCCGCUAGAGACACUGUCCCAGGCCCAGAGGACACUCAUUGUGGAGGCCAUGGACCAAGGCACACCUGCGCAGUCGGCUCAGGGUGUGGUGGUGAUCUAUGUGAAGGAGGUCGAGUACAGCGGCAUCCGAUUUUCCAGGAAUGCCCGAGACGUCAGCAUACAGGAAAACGCUGCUAAAGGAACAACUGUGGCCCAGGCUCAGGCCCAAUAUCCAGAUGGAACACACAAGGGGAUCAGCUACAGCAUCUUCAGCGGAAACAAACAGCAAGCCUUCAGUAUCAGCUCGUCCACAGGUGAGAUCUGGGUGCAGAGCUCCAAGGGGCUGGACUUUGAGGAUUCACCCAGACUCCGUAUAGUUGUCAAAGCGGAAACGGUGUCCUCCACUUCAUUCCUGGGCAUAAACCUAAUGUUGCAGGACGUCAACGACAAUCUUCCUCGCUUCCAGCUGCAGAAUUACGUGGCUUACAUGAGGGAGGCGGAGGGAUACGAGAUGCCGAUCAUACAGGUGGUGGCUGAGGAUGUGGAUCAAGGCCAGAAUGGUCAGGUGACCUACUCCAUCCAAUCGUCAGAAAUGAGCGGCCUGUUCAAGAUUGACCCCAUGACGGGAAGCAUCACCACGGCUGCGAUUAUGGACCGCGAGAUCUUUACCCAGACCAGGCUCGUACUGACCGCGACUGACCGAGGAAGUCCAAGACUGGCAGGUUCCGCCACACUGACGGUCAUCAUCGUUGACCAGAAUGACAACAGUCCCACUAUUCCCUUGCCACAAGAAAUACGCAUCUCAGAGAACACAUUGAUAGGCACGGAGAUCACCCUGGUGACGGGUAACGACGUCGACUCCGGCCCCACCCUGUCCUACUCGCUGCACCUGGACCCGGCCGCCUCGGGCAAGUUUGGGAUCCAUCGUUUUAGCGGCGGGGUUUCCCUCACGGCCCCGCUGGACUUUGAGGAGAAGACGUGGUACACGGUGACCGUCAGAGCCACGGACAGCAAGCAUCAGACGGAGGCCAACAUCACCAUCGUGGUGGAGGACGUCAAUGACAACGCACCCGCGUUCACCCAAGACCUGUAUCAGGUGAUCCUACCUGAGCACACGCCAGCAGGAAGUGUGGUCGUCACGGUAACAGCCACCGACGGGGACUCUGGCGAGAACGGGAGGAUCUCUUACAGCGUGAUGUCGUCUACCCAGGAAGGCUUCUACGUUGAUCCCAACAAUGGAACGUUAUUCGUGGACCACAGAGUCGAGUUCGACCCGGAACGGCUUUCGGUCAACGUUGUCAUUGAAGCCCGCGAUGGGGGGUCACCCUCACUGUCCGCCCUCACCACGGUUCAGGUCCAGAUCGCUGACGUCAACGACAACGCUCCCGUUUUCCACCAAUCAGAGUACAGGGCCACGGUUCCAGAGGACAUCAUUCCAGGUUCUACAGUCUUGACUUUCGAGGCCUUCGACAGUGACCUUUCCCGAGAAAAUUGCGGCUUUGACUUUGCCAUCGCCAGCGGGAACGAAGGCAACGCGUUUCAGAUCGAGAGCAGCGUGCGCUUCCUGGAGGGGCGGGGCUUCCAGACGGUCGGCACGCUGCUGUUGGCCGAAUGUGUGGAUUUCGAAAGCAAGCCGCUGUACAACCUCACCGUGGUCGUGUCGGACCGCGGCGUUCCCCAGAAGAGCUCCAGCGUGGCGGCCGUCAUCGCCAUCGGCGACGUGAACGAUAACCCUCCGGUGUUCGGCAGAGCGGAGUACACGGUGUCGCUGAGCGAGGGAGCGGCUGCUGGCACUGAGAUCAUCCGACUGACGGCCACAGGUGCGUCCAUCUUUGGACCUGUUCUUCUAAUCUCUGUCUUACUCUUAUUUCACCUUUGCUGUCUUGCUACAGAUCCAGAUUCCGCCCCCAACGCAGAGGUCCAGUACACCAUCAGCUCCGGAGAUGAGAUCAACUUAUUUGCUGUGGACCAAUGGACCGGAGCCUUGCGUCUUCAGCAGUCAUUGGACCGUGAGCACCAGCCCGCCCACACGGUCAUCAUCCAGGCCACAGAUGGACACGGACAUUUUGCGCUGGUUCCGGUCAUCAUUGAGGUCAAAGACAUCAACGACAACCAUCCAUUCUUCCCCGUGGAAGUCCUGACGGCGAGCAUCAGGGAGAACCAACCCGCCAACUCUGCCGUGACAGUCCUUCACGCCAUCGACCACGACACCGGGGUCUUUGGACAACUAAAAUACUUCAUGAUGGAGCGCUCUGUGGCCGGAAAGGACUUCUCUGUGGACGCCAACACUGGAGAAAUCAGGAGCAAGAAUCCUUUUGACUUUGAGAGGAUAGAUUCCUUUAACUUUGUGGCCUUGGCGGUCGAUGCAGGAAACCACUCGGCCACUGUGACCGUGCAGGUGUUUGUGACAGGUGAGGACGAGUACGACCCACUCUUCACGUCCUCAGAUUUCUCCUUUAAGGUCCCGGAGGACGCCAGGAAAGGUCAGAGCAUCGGCCAAGUGGCGGCCCGUGACGAGGACGGAGGAGUGGACGGUAUCGUCCUCUACUCUUUCCCUACGAACUCUCCCUACUUCGAGGUGAACAAAACCACGGGGAUUAUAUUCCUCAAGAUGGACAGCUCAGGCCGCAGUGGCGGCGGGUCGGGUCAAACGACAAUGGAACCCAGACUGAUGACUUUGGAUGUGAGAGCUCACAGUCCUCUGGAAACUUCUCGCACCGCAGCAGCACAGAUCGCCAUUGAUGUCACCAACACCAGCUUCGGCCUGGCUCCUGAUGUCAACGUACUACUGAUCAUCAUUAUCGCCGUGUCCCUGGGCGUCAUCGUCCUGCUGGUGGUCAUGGCGGUGGUGGUCUUCCUUGUCAAGUCGCGCAAGAGGAAGAAAGACCAGAACACCGGAAACAGAGCCGUUGCCACAGGGACUGCCCUAAAGAGCAUAGACAACUGCAGCUCCGGGCAAGGGGGGGAGAGAAUCUACCACCAGGCCCUGCCAGGCUAUGUUGGAGACCAGGGUGGUGGAGGCGCGGGUACAUACACACGAGGCGGCUCUCUGGAUCCAUCUCACUCCAGCGGAAGAGGGUCUGCCGAGGCCGCAGAGGAUGACGAAAUCAGGAUGAUUAAUGAGUACCCCCGUGUGGCCUCCAUCACCUCCUCCAUGCAGGAGCACAUCUCCGCCAGAGGACCAGAUUCUGGCAUCCAGCAGGAUGCUGAUCAGCUCUCCGACGUCUCCUGUGAGCCUGCAGCCUUGGAAGGUAGCACUUGGUUCAAAGGCAAAAAGCUGGGCGGCAGCCUAAGCGGGACUUUGCUCUCUGGGCAGCUCCCAGUCUACAGAGACGAUGGCGGCGGGUACUUGGGUGUUGGCCGGGGCCUCAACAUCUCCCUCCCCAAAGACUACGCCUUCCCUGAGGAUGGAAAACCGGCAGUGGACGGCUCCCUGACCGCCAUCGUCGCCAGCGACGAGGAGCUCCGCGGAAGCUACAACUGGGACUACUUGCUCAACUGGUGUCCUCAGUUUCAGCCUCUGGCCAACGUCUUCACAGAGAUCGCGCGGCUGAAAGACGAGACCGCCCAGCAGAGCCAGAACUUGCGCCAGCCUUUCCAACCCAAGUCUAAAAUGGACCCCAAACCCAGAAUCGAUCCCCCGCCGCUCAUCACGUCGGUCGCCCACCCCGGGGCUAUGUCGGUUCCACCAAAAGUCCCUGUGAUGGGACGGACAUUUCCCCAUUUGGCCUCUCUCCGACGGUCCCCUAUAAGUCACGAGGGGUCCAUCUCCUCAGCGGCCAUGUCCCCCAGCUUCUCACCGUCGUUGUCUCCACUGGCGGCACGCUCGCCAGCUGUUUCUCCCUUCGGAGUCAACCAAGGACCCUCGGCGUCCAUGAUCAGCACCCGGGAGCCCUCACUGGACCGGAGUCCUGAUCAUGAGAUGAGAAUAUGAAGGAAGUGUUUCAAACAAGCAAAGCACGAUGGGACAUUUUGAAAUUCUGUUUUCGGACAGUUGUACUGAAGGGCAAACACGAACCUCACUUUCCCUUCCUUGGUGGACUGAUCAGGGACUUGUGUCCAUGUUCUGGCUGGCCAGAGAGACUUGUCUCGGUGUCUGUGGACAUGCUUCACCUUUCAGAUUGUUUGACGUGCCAAUGUGGGCCAGACUUGGAGAUUACUCAUUUUAUUAUUUUGAUAUAUUCUGAAAGACGGUGGACAUUUGCAAACAUGUACAUGAGUAUGAAGACUUUUUAUGUAUGCCAUCCUGUGACUUGUGUGUUUGUUAGCAUUAUUUAUACGGACAGAAGAGAUGCUGUGGUGUUUUUUGUAUCGGAUCAUUUUUAGUCAAGUUGCCGAUCAGACCGUGACCAGGACUGUGGACGGCUUCCCGGCCGGCGGAUCACCUCUGUGUCUUCACAAAGAAAGUGCUUCCUGAAGUCAAGUCCGCACGAGGCUAAUAUGCAAAACCACAAAACUCGUGUCCGCAGGAAGUAAAAAAAGCCGGAUGCGAAAAGUUAGCAUAAGCAGCGAUCCGCUCCUCAGGAUCUAGUCCUCUCUGCGAGCCGGCGACUUGAUUUAGGGGCGUCAGGCGCAAAGGAACAAAAGAGCUGUACUCGUAUUUAAAGCAAAUAAUAAAUUCCCCUCUGAUCCCUUUUGACAAA